AACAUUGGAUCAACAGGCAAGGGGCCCGUUCUUCGUACGACGCUUAUUACAUCCGAAAUGACACAUCCAAGAUGAUAUCAUCGUGCUAAUCAUGAUCCGGCUAAUUGGGUUCUUCGAAAACACCUGUUGUGUAUGAUUAGUCUCGCUGGAUUGAGUUAUCUGAGAUAAUUGCGCGUUCAUGUGUUGGUUUAAAAGUGGAUAUGUAUCGAUAGUAGAAACAUUGAUCAGCAACGCUGCUAUUGGCUGUUCAGCAUGGCCAAAGAACGUGCCCAAUUUUUCUCCCAAGCAGAACAUGAGCUUUUAAUGGAAGGUUAUGCCGAAUUUAAGUCGUUAAUUAAAACGAGAGGGAACACCUCAAUGUCUGCAAAAGCCAGGAGAGAGGGCUGGCAAAAAGUAGCAGACAAAUUAAAUGCUGUCAGGCCCACCACUGGACCCACUAGAACAUGGGAACAAGUAAAAGUGAAAUACAAGAAUAUUUUACAAAAUGCCAACAAGAAAAAGGCUGAAAAAAACCAAACACCACAAUAUACCCCAGCAGAGGAGCUGGCUCUUGGAUUGAAUGAAAACCGAACCACUGUGGAGGGCAUCCCUUGGGGCAGCUCUUCCUCAGACCCAAAGACAGAGACCAGUAUCAGCAACACCUUCAUUUCUGAUUUACAUAAAACACCAACACUUUUACCUGUUCCCGUGCAAGUGGUGGCUGAAGCAUAUGCAGACAGUGAAGAAACCAUCUCAGAAGACUGUCCUUUGGAGGAAGAACCUCUGCAGGAGUCCACACCUAGAGAAAGGCUUGCAGAAGAGUCUGCACAAAGAACUAAUACAGAGGGUGACAUCCAUUCCCUCUGUAAACGGCAUCUUCAACAAAAAAUGGAGUAUUUUGAGCUGAAAAAAAUGCAAAUUAAGAGGAGAAAUUGAACUUGACAACUUGAAAAAGAGAAAAAUUGCUCUAGAGAUAGAGUUGCUUCAAAAGGACCUUCAGAGUAAGUGCUAUUACACCAUUUGACACAUAGUUAUGUAAAGUCACCAAUACUACUAUCUCUAAUUGCAGGCAAAAGAUGACUUGCUGGCUUUUCUUUAUAAAUAAUUGUUUAAAUAAAACUCCGGGAACUAAGCAUAUUUGUCGUCUUUUAUUACACAUUCAAAAAUGGUGUUCCACAAUUCUGUCCCGUGCAGCUCUGCCACUAGGUUGGUCCAAGUGCACUGGCUGGAGGUCAUCAUCAGGCUGCACCCCCACCACAGGGAUCCU